AUGAACGUGGAUGUCAAUGAGUUCCAGACCAACCUUGUCCCAUACCCUAGGAUCCAGUUCAUGCUUUCCUCCUAUGCCUCUGUUAUCUCUGCUAAGAAGGCUUACCAUGAGCAACUCUAUGUAGCUGAAAUCAACACUAGUGCCUUUAAGCCAUCUUCCAUGAUGGCUAAGUGUGACCCACGUCACGGAAAGUACAUGGCUUCCUGUCUCAUGUACCGUGGUGAUGUUGUUCCCAAUGAUGUGAAUGCUGCAGUGGAAACCAUUAAGACCAAGCGUACCAUUCAGUUUGUUGGCUGGUGGCCAACUGGAUUCAAGUGUGGUAUCAAUUACCAGCCUCCUGGUGACCUUCCUAGUGGUUCAUGA